AUGGCGGAUCUUAUGUUUUCAAUGGGCCAGACCAAGGGCAAGAAAAAGACUGCCAAGAAGGUCAAGGAUACCAAAGCUGCCAUGAAGGAUGUUACCAUCACAGAAACGGUCGAGACUAACGAGCGCAAAGCACAGCACUCCCGUGAAAUUGAAUCCAAGGAGGUAGCUCGCGAGCAGAAGAAGAAAAACAUGGAUGUGACAGUUACAGAAACAGUCGAGACUAAUGAGCGCAAAGCACAGCACUCUCGUGAAAUUGAAUCCAAGGAGGUUGCUCGUGCACAGAAGAAGAAAAACAUGGAUGUCACCAUCACUGAGACAGUUGAAGGUGAUGUUCGUAAGGAUCAACACAACCGUGAGAUCCAGUCGAAGGAGACUGCUCGUGCACAGAAGAAGAAGAACAUGGAUGUCACCAUCACCGAUACAGUUGAAGGCGAUGUUCGUAAAGAUCAACACAACCGUGAAAUCAAGUCUAAGGAGACUGCUCGCAACCAGAUCAAGGAGAACACCAACUUCGAUAUGGCCCGUUCCCUCUUUGGAGGUGGUGGUGGUGGUGAAGAGGAAGAAGAAGAGGAGGAGGAAGAGGAGCAGGCUGAGGAGCCCGAGGAGCAGGCGGAGGAGCAGGAAGAAGAGUAA